AUGUUCGCGAUAUUCAAAAGAGAUUCUUCAGUAAAUUAUCAAAUAUUAUUAAGCUUGGCUGAAUUAUUUGGUCUCUUAAGUGUUAUACUCGUUGGUUUAUUUUUUGAUAAACAUGUAUUUUCUGGUACUUAUAAUUGGAAAACAAAUUCAUUUAGUUUUCAUCCAUUAAUGAUGACAAUGGGUUUAUUAUUUUGUUAUGGAAAUGCUAUUCUUUUAUACAGAACACUUAGACAAACACCUAAAUUAACCGUGAAAAUAUUACAUGCUCUUUUUCUCAUACUAUCAUUGGCAUUUGGUUCUGUUGGAUUUGCCGCUAUAGUUCGAAGUAAAAAUCUCGGUAAACGCCCACAUUUUAUGACAUUUCAUUCAUGGCUUGGUUUAUCAACACUUAUUUUAUUUGUUUUACAAUGGAUAUGUGGUUUUGUUAGUUUUUUAUUUCCAAAAUUAAGUUUACGCAUCCGUAACUCGUAUAUGCCAAUUCAUCGAUUUUGGGGUAGAAUAAUCUUUUUAUCUGCUGUGAUAUCAAUUCUAACAGGUUUGUCUCAACAUGGAAUGACUUCAUCAUAUUUUACGGAUAAUGACGUACAACGAAAGAGACGUUUAAUAAUGGAUUUUUUUGGUGUAUUUACAACUUUAUUCAGUUUGAUUGUUGUUUAUUUACUUACCAAUCCUGAUUAUCAACGACCACCAGAUGAAACUACUGAUGAAUGA